AUGCAGACAACAAAUGCAAAAGUCCAUUACCAUGAUUUUGUAGUGCAAGCAACACCAGUGAAGAGGCUGUGCAAAACACACAACACUAUCACAGUAAACGGGAUGUACCCAGGGCCCACGCUGGAAGUCAACAACGGCGACACGUUAGUGGUCAACGUUGUUAACAGAGCUCGCUACAACGUCACUAUUCACUGGCACGGAAUCAGGCAAAUGAGAACUGGAUGGGCUGACGGGCCAGAAUUUGUGACUCAAUGCCCUAUUAGACCAGGAAAGAGUUACACUUACCGAUUCACAAUCGAAGGGCAAGAAGGUACACUUUGGUGGCACGCUCACAGUUCGUGGCUCAGAGCCACGGUUUACGGAGCUUUGAUCAUUCACCCUAAAGAAGGAGAUUCAUACCCCUUCACAACGCCAAACCGCGAAACUGCGCUCCUUCUUGGUGAAUGGUGGGACGCAAAUCCAAUCGAUGUUGUGAGACAAGCCACACGAACAGGAGCUGCACCUAAUGUUUCCGAUGCUUACACAAUCAACGGUCAACCUGGUGAUCUCUACAAUUGCUCAACCAAAGAUACAGUAAUAGUUCCAGUUGACUCAGGGGAGACGAAUCUCCUGAGAGUAGUCAACUCUGCCCUCAACCAACAACUCUUCUUCAAAGUGGCUAAUCACAAGCUUACUGUAGUAGGAGCCGACGCCUCUUACGUAAAACCCUUCACCACCUCUGUUCUCAUGCUCGGGCCGGGCCAGACCACCGAUGUUCUAAUCACCGCCGAUCAGCCGCCAGCGAGAUACUACAUCGCCGGACAAGCCUACGCUAGUGGUCAAGGCGCUCCGUUCGAUAACACCACAACUACAGCCAUUCUUGAAUACAAAUCCGCCCCCUGCCCAGCCAAAGGGGCCACAAUCAAACCCGUUAUGCCAGCUAUGCCAGCAUUCAACGACACAGCCACAGCCACUGCCUUCACAACCAGCUUCAGAAGCCCAAGACAGGUCCCGCUACCCACUGAAAUCGAUCAUAAUCUGUUAUUCACCGUUGGAUUAGGACUCAUCAACUGCCCACCCGGUGCAAGUUCUAGCACCUGUCAGGGUCCAAACGGGACCCGAUUUGCAGCCAGCAUGAACAAUGAAUCUUUUGUGCUGCCUUCGAAUUUCUCCUUGCUUCAAGCACAUCAGCAAGGUAUACCCGGAGUGUUCACAACGGACUUUCCAGCAAACCCUCCCCUCACAUUCGAUUACACUGGGAAUGUGAGCCGAUCUCUGUGGCAACCCAUUAAGGGGACUAAGCUGUACAAGUUAAAAUACGGUGAAACGGUGCAGUUGGUAUUGCAGGGAACAAGUAUCUUCACAGCAGAGAACCACCCCAUUCAUCUUCACGGCUACGACUUCUACAUACUUGCUGAAGGGUUUGGGAACUUCGAUCCGAGCAGAGACACAACCAAAUUUAACCUCGUUGAUCCACCUCAAAGAAAUACGGCUAGUGUUCCUGUGGGAGGUUGGACAGUGAUCAGAUUCGUUGCCGAUAAUCCAGGGGUCUGGCUGAUGCACUGCCACUUGGAUGCCCACAUCACAUGGGGUUUAGCGAUGGCUUUCUUGGUCGAAAAUGGUCUCGGCGAACUGCAAAAAAUAGAGCCACCUCCAGCAGAUCUACCCCUUUGUUAGUUAAAGUUAAAACUAGGUAUUGCAGCAAAUUAAAAAACGGCCUGCAAUAGAGCAACCAAUAUUCGUUUUGGUGAUAGCAUUUGAGUCUCCACUGUUGUUUCCCCACAUUAGGGGGCUAGUUUUUGUUUAUUUUUUUCUUGUUUUUGUCAUUUUUUAUUCGGUUAAAAGGGCGAAGAAAGAUGGUGCCACAUUCCGAAGCGAAGCACCGUAUACGAACCCCGUUGUAUCCUGUGAUUACAGUUGUACUGUUUUCUAUUGCAAUCAAAAAGAAUUAAUUUUUCAGAGUUGUAACAAAUUCUCUACUUGAUCCGUCAAAAGA